AUGGUAUCUUUCGUAUAUCAUGAACCAAAAGGUUACAGUCUACGCGUUUCCAACACAUCAUUGAAUGUAACUCCCAAUUUCAUCGGCACAACUGUACCUGGAAAAGCAGCAUCCAGUGUUCCUAAAUAUAUUCCUGCACUCAUAGCCUAUCAAUUGACUGCCGGCAACGUGACAAUCUUUGCCUCCAAUACUUCGAACUUUAAUUACAUUCCAUCAUUAUCCUGUUAUCAACAACCAGUUCAAACUUGUGAUCAAGAUGUUGGUAAUUUACCAUUGGACGACAAUGUUUCCCAAUGCUUGGCGUUGCAAAAUCCAACUGGACAAAUAGUUUAUUUCAAUUUGAGUAUUAGUUGGGUUAAAAGUGUGUUUUCCAACAGUUUCACAAGCCCGGACGUUCCAGGAGGACAUGAAUCUUUAAAAAACGUUGCAGUUUCUAAUAAUCAAGUUUAUGGACUUGCACAAACCUUGAUUUGUACUUUUAUUGUUAUGUUUAGCAAAAAUUUUCAUUAG